AUGCUGCUAUUAAAGCACGCGUUUCGCUCUCACAAUUCUCAGGGAGUCAAACUCAUCUUCCAGAUUCUGCGCUCUGUUUGCACUGCUCCUUCUACAUCAACGUCUGAAAACACAUCAUCCCGCAUCUCUCCUCAACACUCCACUUCAAGCAAAGUGCUUCACUCAAUCUCCCGCAGAAACUUUCGACCUGCAAUCAUGGCGGACAACGGGCAGAUUCCCUAUCAACCCCAGAAUGUGGAAGAAGUUCAAACCUUACUACGAAAUCUUGAGGCAGGGCUCACCAAGAAAGGACCCAAGAAGACUUACAGCUGUAAGAAAACUGGCUUCAAUGUUCAGGGUUCUCCAGGGAGCCUUGUAGUCAACUCAUGGCGCUUCCAAGAUUGGGAUUACAAGCGUGACGACCUUCCUACCUAUGCCCGGGGACUUUUCACCGGUAAGAAUGAAAAGGGUCAACCUGAGAUCUCCAUUAGAGGCUAUGACAAGUUCUUCAACACCGGUGAGGUUCAUGCCACCCAGUGGCACAACAUCAAGCAAGCUACCAAAGGCCCGUACGAGCUGAGUCUGAAAGAGAACGGCUGCAUCAUCUUCAUAAGCGGUGUUCACGACGGCACGUUACUGGUAUGUAGCAAGCACUCAACUGGUCCUAGAAACGAAGAGCUCAGCCAUGCCAUGGCAGGCGAGAAAUGGGUUGACAAGCAUCUGGCAGCAGUCGGCAAGACUCGACAGGAUCUUGCGAAGGAGCUGCGAGCUAGGAAUGCAACUGCUGUGUUCGAGCUGUGUGAUGACGAGUUCGAAGAGCACAUCCUUGCUUACGACAGAGAGCACGCUGGACUGUACCUCCAUGGUAUCAACAUCAACCUGCCCGAGUUCAUGACUUAUUCGGGUACUCAAGUUCAGGCGUUCGCUGAAGAAUGGGGCUUCAGAAAGACAGAUUUCCUGAUCUAUGAGGAUAUCGAUGCAACAAAGACUUUUCUCGAUGAUGUUGCUGAAACUGGUCACUACAAUGGACGAGAUAUCGAGGGCUUUGUCAUUCGAUGUAAGGCUCGCCAGAAUUCUUCAAAUCGAUUCACAGACUGGUUCUUCAAAUACAAGUUUGAAGAGCCAUACCUCAUGUACCGACAAUGGCGUGAGUGUACAAAGGCGAUCAUCUCUGGGAAGGCACCUCGGUACAAGAAGCAUAUCAAGAUCACCGAGGAAUAUCUGCUCUAUGCUCGGAAGAUGCUUGCGGAGAACUCUCGGUUGGGCAAGGCUUACGGACAAAACCACGGGAUCAUCAAGCUGCGCGACGACUUUUUAAAAGAGAAGAACUUGAAGGGCUCAGACAUAAUCCGGGCGGAAUAUGCUGAGAUUGGAGGUGCCCCAGAAGAUGCCACUAAGAACAUCAUCCUGGUACCUAUUGCUACUCUCGGCUGCGGUAAGACAACCAUUGCUGUCGCGCUUACCCAGCUCUUCAAUUGGGGCCAUGUCCAAAAUGACAACAUCACUGGCAAGGGCCGACCACCUCGAUUCACAAAGGAGGUGCUGGCUCAAUUGGAAGAUGUUCCAGUGGUGUUCGCUGAUCGGAACAACGCGCAGAGACAUGAGCGCGAGCAAAUCCUCGGAGACGUUCGUCUAACUCAUCCUCAUGUUCGCCUGGUUGCACUCAAUUUCGUCCAUACCCCAGAUUCGAUUCCCAAGAUCAGACAGGUGACCCAAGACAGAGUAUUUGCCCGUGGCGACAACCAUCAGACCAUUCAGGCAGCUUCGGACUCGCAAAAGGUUGUUGGAAUCAUGGAAGGAUUCAUUCACCGCUUCGAAGCACUCAACACGGAGACCAAACCCGACGACGGAUUCGAUGCUGUUAUCGACCUGGAUCCCACUCUGGACUCUCGCGAGAACCUCGAAACUGUUGUUGGUCAACUCCACAAUCUCUACCCUAAGCUCAUCACCGAGAUGCCUUCGAGCGACGAUCUCGAUGAGGCAAUCAAGGUCUCACUGAGCGAGUACAAGCCUGAGAUCAGACACACGAUUGGUGAGCGAGGAGCCGAAGAAAAUAACCGCAACAGGAACCAGAAGAACCAGAUUAGAGAGCAAGCACCUCCGAUAGCGAAGAAGCAGAAACCGUUGGAGUAUAUCUCCAUCAAACUCCCCAAGUCCCAAAUCCUCGAUGUCCUUGAAAAUGCUUUCGGCUCCGUCUCAUCAAAUAAAGCUCGCUUCUUUCGUCAGCUGGGGCAAAAUCGCCGUGUCCAGCCCGAGUUCCAUGUGACCCUGAUUCAUCGUGCAUCUUCGAAGGCCCAUCCUGAGCUUUGGCAGAAAUACACCGAUCUUCAUGUUGCUGCUGGAGACCCCUGGCACCCAAAUACCAAGCUAGGACAUUGCAAAGUCUUGUUGGAGAAGAUCGUGUGGGAUGACCGCAUUAUGGCUAUCGUUGCUAGACUCGUUGACGAAGGAUGGGAGUGUACUAAUCAAGUCGCACACAUCACAGUCGGUACUCGGGGUGAUGAUGUCAAACCGAAGGAGAGCAACGAUCUCUUGAAGCGCUGGAUAGAAGUCGGCAGUGGUGAUGAGUCAGGCAUUGGUGAGGUGAUUAUUAGCGGCCGUCACGUUAUUGAUGGUGUCGUCAAGGGAGUUCUUUCACGUUAA